AUGGACAAAACAUGGAGGUGUAAUUCCUGCCUAGUGGUUAACACGGAGGAGGCAACAGAAUGUGCUUGCUGUAUGCAAAAGAGGAGCAACGACGAUGGUAAGACAAACGGAAAUGUUAUGAACAAUGGUAGUGAAACCGAUUGUGAUAACCUAACCGAUAAUACAAAUCUUGAAGCUGAUGCCACAAAUUCAACAGAGGACACCAAACAUAGUGAAAAUACAAAUGAAGGUAAAGGUGGAAUCUUCAAUGGAAGUGGCUUUAUGCCAUCACUCAAUCGAUCCCCCGACAUGGCAUCUUCAAAUAAAAGCAUUUUCUUAACGGCUGUGCCAAAUAGUAAUGCCACCACCGCAACGAACGAUACCACAACUGCCACACUUGAGGACACCAAUGGGCACAUUAAACAGAACAAAAUGAGGGAUAAUAACGCAACUGGGGAGAAAACCAACAAGUCCAUUGGAAAAAGAAGAGAGAGGAAGAAGGCAAGCAAACGAGAGAGAGCGCCAUCUACGCGAAUACAACCUGCUCGAAAAUGCACACAAAAAAAAAUAUGCUACAAGACAUAG